UGUUCGCGGCUCCACCCAACGGCUAAACUCAAGCACAAAACAACUUUCUCAGAGACUCAUGGCGUCCAAAAGGAUCUCCUGACGAACAAACUCCGCACAAACUCUCCAAACAGCCUGUAACAAGCUGUCCAAAUCCGCCUGUCUCUCAAAAUAACAACUAAAAGCCGUCUUUACCAAGGAAUCAUGGUCACCGAGUGUCGACUUUAAGGCUAACCGAGCGCUGCUAGCUCAAGAGUUUGGCGUCGCGGGGAGUUUGACGAACAGUGUAAAUAUAGUGUAAAUACGGGACUGUUUAAGGGGAGACGAGGUGAACUUUUGUCCGUGUUUGUCCGAGAGCUUAUAGUUUGACUGUGGACCGGUGGAAAUGGCUCAGUCGCCGGUAGCCGUUCAAGUUCCUGGAAUGCAGAACAGUCGAACAGAUCCUGAGGAGCUGUUCACGAAACUGGACCGUAUCGGCAAGGGAUCGUUCGGUGAGGUGUUUAAAGGUAUCGACCGGCAGACUCAGAACGUAGUGGCCAUCAAGACCAUCGAUCUGGAGGAAGCAGAAGAUGAAAUCGAAGACAUCCAGCAGGAGAUCACCGUCCUCAGCCAGUGUGAUAGUCCUCACGUCACCAAAUACUACGGCUCUUACCUAAAGGGUAGUAAACUAUGGAUCAUUAUGGAGUAUCUGGGAGGAGGCUCAGCACUGGACCUGCUGCGAGCUGGGCCCUUUGAUGAAUCCCAGAUCGCUACCAUGCUGAAAGAGAUCUUGAAGGGUUUGGACUACCUGCACUCGGAGAAGAAAAUCCACAGGGACAUUAAAGCCGCUAACGUGUUGUUGUCUGAGUCUGGCGAGGUGAAGUUGGCAGAUUUCGGGGUUGCGGGACAGCUGACGGACACACAGAUCAAAAGGGAGACGUUUGUGGGCACGCCGUUCUGGAUGGCGCCGGAGGUCAUACAACAGUCCGCCUACGACUCAAAGGCUGAUAUUUGGUCUCUGGGCAUCACGGCCAUUGAGCUGGCCAAGGGUGAACCGCCAAACUCAGACAUGCACCCAAUGAGGGUCCUCUUCCACAUCCCCAAAAACACACCACCCACCCUGAAUGGAGACUUCACCAAGAUCUUCAAAGAGUUCGUCGACUCCUGUCUCAACAAAGACCCUACUUUUAGGCCAACAGCAAAGGAGCUCUUGAAACACAAGUUCAUUGUUAAAUAUGCCAAGAAGACGUCCUACCUCACCGAGCUCAUCGACCGACUGAAGCGCUGGAAGGCUGAAGGCCACAGCGAUGGAGAAUCAAGCUCCGACUCCGACUCUGAAACCAGCAGUAAGGACAGUGACUCCUCUCCUGAAUGGUCCUUCACCACCGUUCGUAAGAAGAAGACGGAAAAGAAGCAGCCCAAUGGCAUGGAUAAAGAGCUGCAGAAGAAGUCGGCCAGUUUAACCACCGUCAUGGCUCCUGUUUUCUCUGAGCUGAAGUCGCAGCACAGAGACAAUGAGAGGACGAAAGGAGUGAUCGAGAUGCUGGAGGAGAGUCUGCACACGGCUGAAGAUCUCUGUCCUGGAGUCACCGACCACAUGAUCACACACAUCCUGGACAGAGUGCAGAGGUUUUCUAUGAGUUAGUGUGAACGCCACUGUUCUGCUGUCAGCCCUGAUGACUGCACCUUAACACACUCUCUCACACACGCAUACAGAGAAACCAGGGACACACUAUCUGACCAUAACCAAAAGGAAAAUAUUCUCCUCUUGUCCCAAAGAAU